UAGAACUGGCACCCAUAUGGGAUCCUGGUGCAUGCAAGGCAAGGAUCGCUAGGUUAUAGCACCAGGCCCUAUCUUGCAAAUUUUUGAGAAAAGUAACUAAUUUGAAAAUAACCAGUUCACUGUAUAGUUUAUGUAAUUUUAAUUAAAUAUGAAGUUUUUGUGACUAUUUAAAGUAUAUCAAGAGAAUGAGAAAUGUGUACAGGAGAUUUUUGUUUCUUUUCCCUUUAAAUUAUGGUCAGAUGUUGGCACUAAGUAAGUUCUGGCUUUGGUAACUUCACUUACUUAUUUUUAAAGACCUUAAAGAAUGUGUGCUUGCUUGCUUGUUCCUUAUUUGUUGUAAUGGAUAUUUUGUUUUGAAGGCAAAAGUUUAAGCUGAAAUGUCAAUUUCCUCAAGUCUGUAGACUUUAAAAUCUUUAUUUCUCUAAUGUUGCAUUUUAUGGUAAUGUACUAAAGUUGAAUUUCACAUUAAUCUUAUUUAUUGUGUAUGGAUGCCAUUAUUUUCUAGAAACAGAUCUUAAUUGAAGGGUUUUUUCCCCUUUUUAGUUCAUGCAGAGGAUCCAGCACCGUUAGGAUGUUGCCCCAGAACCUGCCUCGUGGACUUCUGGCUUUGACUCCCGAGCUGCACAGUGGUGUUUUUGAGCAGGAUGUCUGCAGAUGGUGUUGACAAACUCUGAGGAACUGAAUCACAGAGGAUGACCUAGCAGUGAUUCCAAGCCUAGGACAAGAUACUCGUUAGUGACUGUCGUUCUUGGCUCUGAAUGUUACAGAUAACAGCAAACAGGCGUACUCCUUUACUUCUGAAGUAUUCACUUGAGCUUCUGUCAGUAAGGCUGACCUUUCUAAUCUGCUUCGGGAGAUAUUAAUGGAAUACAGUCAUGUCCACUCAAGACGAGAGGCAGAUCAAUACCGAGUAUGCUGUGUCCUUGCUGGAGCAGUUGAAGCUGUUUUAUGAACAGCAGUUGUUCACUGACAUAGUGUUAGUUGUUGAGGGCACUGAAUUCCCCUGUCAUAAGAUGGUUCUUGCAACAUGUAGCUCUUACUUCAGGGCCAUGUUCAUGAGUGGACUGAGUGAGAGUAAACAGACGCAUGUACACCUGAGAAAUGUGGAUGCUGCCACCUUACAGAUAAUCAUAACAUACGCUUACACGGGUAACUUGGCAAUAAAUGACAGCACGGUCGAGCAGCUUUAUGAAACAGCUUGCUUCCUACAGGUAGAAGAUGUGUUGCAACGUUGUCGAGAAUAUUUAAUUAAAAAAAUAAAUGCAGAGAAUUGUGUGCGAUUGUUAAGUUUCGCUGAUCUCUUCAGUUGUGAGGAAUUGAAGCAAAGUGCUAAAAGAAUGGUGGAGCACAAGUUCACGGCUGUGUAUCACCAGGAAGCUUUCAUGCAGCUGUCACAUGACCUGCUGAUAGACAUCCUCAGUAGUGACAAUUUAAAUGUCGAAAAAGAAGAGACUGUUCGAGAAGCUGCUAUGCUGUGGCUCGAGUACAACACAGAGUCACGGUCCCAGUACUUGUCUUCAGUUCUCAGCCAAAUCAGAAUUGAUGCACUUUCAGAAGUCACACAGAGAGCUUGGUUUCAAGGUCUGCCACCCAAUGACAAGUCUGUGGUGGUUCAAGGUCUUUAUAAAUCCAUGCCGAAGUUUUUCAAACCAAGACUUGGGAUGACUAAAGAGGAGAUGAUGAUUUUCAUUGAAGCAUCUUCAGAAAAUCCUUGUAGUCUUUACUCUUCUGUCUGUUACAGCCCCCAGGCAGAAAAAGUUUACAAACUGUGUAGUCCACCAGCCGAUUUGCAUAAGGUUGGGACUGUUGUAACUCCUGAUAAUGACAUUUACAUAGCAGGAGGUCAAGUCCCUCUGAAAAACACAAAAACGAAUCACAGUAAAACAAGCAAACUUCAGACUGCCUUCAGAACUGUGAAUUGUUUUUAUUGGUUUGAUGCACAGCAAAAUACCUGGUUUCCAAAGACCCCAAUGCUUUUUGUCCGUGUGAAGCCGUCUUUGGUUUGCUGUGAAGGCUACAUCUAUGCGAUAGGAGGAGAUAGCGUAGGUGGAGAACUGAACCGGAGGACUGUAGAAAGGUACGACACGGAGAAGGACGAGUGGACCAUGGUCAGCCCUUUGCCUUGUGCAUGGCAGUGGAGUGCCGCUGUUGUGGUUCAUGACUGCAUUUAUGUGAUGACGCUGAACCUCAUGUACUGUUACUUCCCAAGGUCUGACUCGUGGGUGGAAAUGGCCAUGAGACAGACAAGCAGGUCCUUUGCUUCAGCUGCAGCAUUUGGUGAUAAAAUUUUCUAUAUUGGAGGAUUGCAUAUUGCUACCAAUUCUGGAAUCAGACUCCCUUCUGGCACUGUAGAUGGAUCUUCAGUAACUGUGGAAAUAUAUGAUGUGAAUAAAAAUGAGUGGAAAAUGGCAGCCAACAUCCCCGCUAAGAGGUACUCUGACCCCUGUGUGAGAGCUGUUGUGAUCUCAAAUUCUCUGUGUGUGUUUAUGCGGGAAACACACUUAAAUGAGAGAGCAAAGUAUGUCACCUACCAGUAUGAUCUGGAGCUUGAUCGGUGGUCUCUGCGGCAGCAUAUAUCCGAACGGGUACUGUGGGACCUGGGCAGAGAUUUUCGAUGCACUGUGGGGAAGCUUUACCCAUCCUGCCUUGAAGAAUCUCCGUGGAAACCACCAACUUAUCUCUUCUCGCCAGAUGGGACAGAAGAAUUUGAACUGGAUGGAGAGAUGGUUGCACUACCACCUGUAUAGUUGGGGAGUUCAGGGAGUGCACGCUUGGUUUAUGUAUUUUGUCAAUUGUUUGCUAAAUGAGAGGCUAUGAAAGAACUAAAUAGGAGUACAUAAAAAUCUAUCUUUGAUAAAUUUUAUUUUUAUGCCCUACUUAAUAUUUGCAUCAGUAUAAUAUAUAUAUCAGUGAGUCUUACAGAAAGAUAUGCUUCCAUAAUAUGAAAUAGGUUAUUCAGUAAUUGAGAAACUUUUAUGUGUAUCACGAGAACAUAAGAAUUUGGAUUAUCUAACAUUGUUAGCCCUGUGUAUGUACAGUUCGAGAAGUUCACUUAUAUAGUUUUUUGUUCUUAGUGUGGUAUAUCACAGAUUGUGCUGAGGUUAUUUUAGUAAUGUAUUUCAUUCCCGUGCUGCUUUUCUGAAGUCUUGGAUUACAGUUUUUCCAGUGUACCUAAUUCAGCUGCACUUAACACUAAUGUCCAUGUUGGUUGAGAGUUGUCUAAAUCCUAUUCUAUGGUUGAGGAAGAUCUUCCAUAGCUUAAUGGUAUUACACAGGGAAAGCUAUGACUGCAGGAUCAGUCUUACUAUACUCUUAGGUGCAUGUAUUCUCUUUCCACUAACUUAUACUGUCUGUCUAGAAUACAGGUUGUCCAGUCAGCUGGUCAUACACCAGUAUGGACUUACAUCGCUGGGUUUGCAAUAAGAAUUGCUAGCCCCUCAUUGUGCGGGUCUGUGUGGAGCUUUAAUCAGUAAAUGUCUCCACUCUUGUAUUACAUUAACAUUGGCUCAUGUGUAUAAUUACCUGCUGCUGACAUAGCUCUCCAUCUUAAAGAUUUAGAGUGGGUUAACCAGGUCAUUACAUCUUAAUUUAAUAUCAAGCAUUACUGUAGAGUGAUUGUGUAUAGGUAUCUGUUAGCUGUCAGGGUGUGUCUUUUUUUUUAACCUGUUGUGUGUGUGUGUGUGUUGUGGGGUUAGGAUUAGGAAGGUGAACUGUUCAGGAAUUUUCUGCACCAGCUGUGCAGAAGAGCAGGUAACUCACACUGCUCUGGCAUUAAUCCCAGGAACCACUAGCAGUAGUGGGGCGCCGCCAAUUUAACAUGAGCACAGGUGCUUCAUGACAAACAUUACUAGCAUGUUCAACUGCAUCAUGUUCUGGCACUGUAUUUUGAAUGACAUUAAUUUAUUAAAUAAAUUGUAUAUAUUCA